AUGGCGCAGCAACAUCCACGCUGGCUGUGCCCCCUGUUGGAAUGUUUGCAGGUGGCCGUGUCUGAACAGUGGCAAUUGUGUGUAGCUGGCAGCGGCCAGUGGGUGAACGGGGAGUGGGUUGCGCAACAAAUUUCGUAUCACCUGUGCUUAGAAACACAGCAUCCUCCAGAUGGUGCCGGGCUUCGCCUGCGUCGUCUUGUCACCCCCUUGUAUGCUCAGCAGCUGCAGGCCUGUGUCCUGUUUUCUGCUUCAUGGUUUCCAUUGUCUCCUUGCUGUCAGUGUUUCCACCAAUGCGCUAGAUGA